CCCAGGUCAAGGAAGUGCAGGAAAAUUGUUCGCUAAAAAUAUUUUUUGUUAUUUUUAACAAUGCAUUUUCCUAAAUUACAAGUACCUAUUGGUUUUUUGUAAUAAGAAAAUAAAAUAUUUUUGCGUUAUGUUCAAGUGAAGUGCCAAGAGAAAAUCAAGAUAAAAGAAAAGUAGGUGGAUUGUGACAGCAGUGGAAAUACCGCAUAGGGUUUUUCACCCAAGAAAUUAAAAUUAUUGUCCUAAAUGUUGUAUUUACUGGCUCGCUAUGCAGUCUAAAAGGUUAAUACAGCUUUUUGAAAGCAUUACGAAUGAUAUUUGUUUUAAAAAUAAUCGUCAUAACAUUUGACCCAGUUACGGUGCCGUGUGCGUUGACCUAUGGAUAUGAAUGCGGACUAAAGCACGAUGUUAUUUUUAGAAUACAGCUUUGCAGAUAAUUAAAUAUUAACAGAUGCUGUUCGAGAUACUGUAUCUGCAACUGAUAAAAAAAUUGUCUUCUAUUUUUAAUUCAGAAAGGUGCAAAUGCAACUGUUUUGAUAGAACAUGAUGAUGUAGUCAAAGAAUUUGAAUCGAAAAAUAAUAUUAAUAUAGAAAAUGACUUCCUUUGAAGGGAUCAAUUUUAUUCUUAGAGUUUUGUUUAUGAACAUAUUAUAACUCCCUGUUGUGUCAAAUCCAAUAAAUAAUUUGGGACAUAGUACACUGCCAGUUGUGAUUUCCAUGAAAAUCAUAAAAUCCCAGAUGGACUUAUAAAAUUCUAAAUUUGAAAUAGUUGAAUGCAUAUCAUCUACUGUAGCAGAAUACCUACCUACCAAAGUUGCUACAAUUAUUGCUGUAUGAAAAAAAAUAUUAUGAAUUCCAAAUUUGAAUGUUAGUUUUAGUUCAAAAACACUUGAAAUGGUUACUUAGUGGAAGAAGAAAGUUUAGAUAUUUACUGAAGACAAUAUGGUAUUUUUUGACUGAAUCACACAAUAAGGAAGGGUUUUUACCUGGGCCUUAUGCCCUAAGGCCAGGGUGACACUUGGCAGUGAUGAAGAAGCAAAAUGUUCGCACUCUAUCUCUGAUUGUGUGCACAUUUACAUAUUUAUUAGUGGGAGCUGCAGUGUUUGAUGCAUUAGAGUCUACAACGGAGAGACACCGAUUUGAAGUUCUACAAGCAAUUGAAGGCAUAAUAAUCAGGAAAUACAACAUAACGGAGGAGGACUUUCGUGUGAUGGAGACAGUGGUCCUCAAGUCGGAGCCACACAAAGCCGGCCAGCAAUGGAAGUUCACUGGAGCUUUCUACUACGCUACCACGGUUCUCACUACUAUUGGCUACGGCCACUCCACUCCAGCUACAAUUGGCGGGAAGCUUUUCACGAUGUUUUAUGCCAUAGUGGGCAUCCCACUCGGCCUCAUCAUGUUCCAGAGCAUCGGUGAGAGGGUCAACAGACUUAGCAGCGUUAUAAUAAAAUCAAUCAAACGUGCACUGAACUGCAAGCAGAUCAACGCUACGGAAGUGGACCUUAUAUGUGUCGUCACCACGCUGUCUUCGCUCACCAUUGCUGGAGGCGCCGCCGCAUUUUCUUCUUGUGAAGGAUGGAGCUACUUCGACAGUGUAUAUUAUUGUUUCAUUACACUCACCACUAUAGGCUUCGGCGACAUGGUAGCCCUGCAGCGUGACAACGCGCUGAACAGAAAGCCUUCGUACGUCAUGUUCGCCCUGAUCUUCAUACUGUUCGGGCUGGCGAUAGUGGCCGCCUGUCUCAACCUGUUGGUGCUGCGGUUCGUCACCAUGAACACAGAGGACGAGAAGAGGGAUCAGCAGCAAGCUGAACAGGCGCAGCAAGUGGCGGUGCGGCUGGAGGGCGACGUGAUCACGGCGGACGGCGCCGUGCUGCGCGGCGUGUCGCGCGGCACGCGCCUGCCCGCCGGCCCGCGACAGCUCGCAGGCGACACGUCUCUCGUUCCCCUGUACGUCGAUGAGGAGUACGCGCCGAGCGUCUGCAGUUGUUCGUGCAAUUGUUUCGGACCUAACAAGUCGGUACCGUACAGGGACCCACUAUCGCCGGUCCCGCCCACAAACAUCAAGCAGAUCAAGUCCAAAAACUACCGCGAGCUGGGCAGCAUACCGCGGUUCAUCGAAAAGUCUUCCUCAAAAACUAGAUCGCAAUCCUUAAGACUCAAUUCUGCGUCCGGAUACUUAUACAUGAACGCGAGAAACGACUUCCAACUAGACCCCGAAGACUUCAGGGAAAUCGUGUCGAAAAGAAGAGAACAAUUGCGCAGAGGAAUGAUGAUGUACGACAUGAGAUGCAACAACAACGAACAGUACCUCAACCCGUACAGGCACAGCAUCAGCACCAAAAUAGAACUCAGUCCGCACAGCUCCUCCUUGUAUUCCAUGAAUAUGAGAUCAGAGAACAGGAGCAACGAUCCCUUAGUCGAUGAUUACGAUUCAGAGAAAUCCAGUUACGCCAAAAAGAAACUAAUGAAGAACAUAGCUAGGAACACGAGCAACAAGAAAGAGAAUUAUUUCUAUGAUGAUGCCGUACUGCAUUUUGAUGAUGAGUAUGCAUUUGACGGUUCAAUAUUGUUUGCGAAGAGAAGAAAAUCAAUAGAUAGGAAUUGGGAGGAGUACGCUUGUGAGAUGCCAAGGAAUUCAACGUACGGUGCUGACCAAGUGUCGAACGAUGGCAGUUAUGGGUACUAUUUGCCCGAUGAAGAGGAACAGGAGCAGUAUUUUGUCAAUGAUACGUUAACAUUCAAUUUGCCUCCGCAUAGAGCGAGUAUUUAGUGAAAUUUUGUGCCAAAGACGAUGCCAAAAUGUAGGUUAGUGUUAGUAAACUCAAUAAAUGGGCCAAUUAAUUAAUUAGACAUUUACAAUUUCGCGGGUGUACCGUCGGAGUUUCACUUCUGAUUGCGGUGAGUUUAACAUUUAUACAUAUUAUCACGUUUAUAUCUCAUGUGGGGUUGACAGAGCCAACAGUCUUGAAAAGACCGAAAGGCCUCUUACAGCUGUAUGGCUGUAUAAUGGAAUUUAGAUUCAAUUAGUGACAGGUUGUUAGCCCAUCCCCUACAAGAAGAAUCCCAAGUUUAUGAGCCUAUACCUUAAACACGUUUUUAAGUUUUAAUACAUUGUGUUGUGUUUUGAAUGCAGAGUCUCUAACGCUGUGGUAACGUCAGUGACAAGAUUUUGAAAUUGUGUGAUUAGUCUCUCUAAUUUAUACAUUACCUGUAUAUAAAAUAUAUUAUUUUUAGUUGGUAACCCAUAACACAAGUCUUCAAGUUUGGGGUCACCUAAAAUAGUUUAAAUCUAGUUGAUUUAUCUAAUAUACUUCAACAGUUGCUUGUGAUAUAAACUCUUUGCUAGUUACAUAAAUCUAUUUAUAUUGAAACAUUAAAAAAAAAACAGUUUCAACUCACCCCGCACCAAUUAGAAGUGAAAACUCGACAGGAGUGUAGUUUCGGGUUUAAAGUUAUAGCUUUUACACUAAGGUGGAUUAAUCGCGUUUUUAUUACUCAGAGCUUGGCUUGCUGUAGAUAUUGUAAUAUAGUUUUAAAGAUGGCUUGUGCAGCGAAUGGUAUAUAAGCUGUCGCAUACUAUACUUUGUACAAGAUUUAUGUUCCAUAUAAGCACUAUUAUAUACUCCAUUCAGUUACAUUUAAACUCACAAGCUUGUAUUAUUUAUUUUAAGAACAACAUGAUUUUCUAUAGUGAAUAAAUGAGGUAUAGUAUGCUUAAGCUUUUCAGAAGUAGGUGAUAAACUGUUUUGUUGGGUCAAAACUUCAAAGUUAUUAUUUUUUUACCAAAUUCAUUCCAUUUCAACCUAUUAUAUUGACAGAAACCUUCGUUCUUUGCACCAAGCAAUAACUAAAAUAUUUUUAAAGUUGAUAAAGCACUUAACGAUGUGGCCUGGUACUGAUAUUAAUUAUUUAAAAUAAUAAAUACAGUAGAUACGUAAAAAAAUUACAGUCAGUAAAUUGAUGUCAACAAUAUUACUAUGUUAGUACUAAUAACAAUUAUUAAUAAUAGUAACGGUAAAAUUCAAGCUUUCUAAGCUAUAUAAGAAUCCGGAAAAGCAGUACUUUUACGGCAGAUCAGCUUUCUAUACACUUCAUUUGGCAGUAAACUAGAUUUCACAUUGAUUAGAAUAAUGAAUAAUAUGUAUUUAGAACAUUUUUGGUUGUUAGCAAAAACUUUAUCAUACAUAUAAAAAAACAGUCAACAUAGAUUAACGAAAACAAAUAAUUAACAAUCGCGGACUUAUCCCUGUGAAGGAUUUUUUCCAUUUAACCAUGUAUAUCUAUUAUAAAAAAAUACUAACAAAAUUAAAACAACUAAAUGCUGCCACUAAAAAGACUUAGUCUGAAGCAAAGUCAACUCUUUCUAAUUUUAAUGUUUUAUUUAAGCAAAUUAUUUGUAAACGUUUCAAUUUACUGACAUGUGGAAAUCGUUAUUGGACUGCUUCAAGCGUCACGGUAUUUUAGAAUUGCAUAUAAGAAGCUGAGUGUUUACCUAAUUGAUAUAUAAAAUAUAUAUAUCUCAUCUAGAUUCAAUAGUCUGAAAUAAUGGUUUCGCUGAUUAUUUUACAUUAGUAUAUGUCGUCCAAUAUUAUGACAAAAAAGUGAUUGAAAAUUCUUAAUGUGCCAAAUUUAUAUUCCACAUAGGUACGUAAUACUUACUAACCAUAAUGUCAGUACUAUAUGUCACAAUUUAGUCAAUUUAAUGUAAACCACAUUUAAAGCUGUAAUCUAUGCUUACGUCCGAGUUUUCUCGUGACUAUUGACUCUGUCUACCCCUUGAGACAAAUCACAUCAGAUAUGUUAUUAAAUACUGUUAUAUGCGAACUCUGCUUAUUUAAUAUUUCUAACUAUUGACUCUAGAUUAUGUGAAAUUAAAAAAUAAUAGAUAUGUUUAGUGCAUUUAUUUCCAAAUUUGUUAUAUACUACAUAUAUUAUAUUUAAAA